UUCCACGAGUCGCGUUCCUUUUCCGUUUCCGUGUCCUUGUUAGCACCUAGUUGCUUUUCAGGCUACAAGAUUUCAAAACAAAAAUGGCAAAAAUAAGUAAGGAGACCAAACAGCGGUUGCAACAACUGUUCCAGUGCGGACAAUUCGUCAUCCGAUGGGGUUUUAUUCCUACCGUGCUUUAUUUGGGGUUUAAACGAGGUGCUGAUCCAGGAAUGCCAGAGCCCUCAGUCUUGGGUUUACUUUGGGGAUGAGGAACGACUACGUCCACAUCAACAACUCCCUCCUGAAUACCACCUUGCAAUGAACAUUUAUUUUUCUACAUUCUGCUCCAAAAGUCAUGAUUCAUUCAGUUUGUUCAUUUAGCCGCAGAUAUUUAUUUGUUGUCGUUAUGACAUUUUCUUUUUGUCAACCCUGUGUUCCAUGUUUGUUUCAAUAAAUGUCUGACAAGA